CAACAAUCCCCCCUUGCCUAGUGCGUAUGCCUUCCAGCGCCAACGGCUGACCCCAUCGGUACACGAACUGAGGGGUUGCUCGCUUCUCGCUUCUCAAGCUUGAUGCAAAAGGAUCUCAAAGCACUGCGCUAUCCCACACAGCGUUAAUCUCAAAUAUGGGUCGUAAAAAGUCCAGAACAAAGCGAAAGGUCGAGCCGCAGUGGGAAUUGGAUGACGAACAUCGGAUGCUCGGAUGUCUUGACCACUGUCUAGCGCAGGGUAUUACCGACAAACUCAUCCUAAAAGAUCGUAUUAGAAUAUAUUUGAAGGAUGCAGGGAAAAACUUCAGCGUCGAUCGGAUCGAUGCGAGGCUCCGGGAAAUGCAGGACCUCGCCGUGCCCAGCCGACGAAAAAAUAUCUUUGUCAAAGGCAGUGGAAUCCUAAAAGCUACCAACAGAUGGGACGACGAUGAAAUCAAGAAGUACAAAGACGAUCAGUCGAGCCUGGAGGUAGCUCAAUUGUUGAAUUCCAGAAGCCGUCGUUUCCGCGAAACGCCGCAGAGAGCAGAGCGGCGCUCGACAAUAUCUAACCACAGUCCUCAUAUCGAAGACGGCAGCAUGUCUUCCAGGCAUCAAAUCGCUAGCACUCCAGUAUCAAGAAAACGGAGGUGCGAGUCCAAUACUCCGAGCAGGAUGCGUUCAACGAUCCCAAGCAAAAGGCGACAGGAAAUAAGCAGACGUUCGGGCUCCCGGACAGUCAGGCUCAAACAGGAGAAGCAAAGCCCCAGUUGCGCCGAUUCCAAUCCAUGCCUUGAUAAUGAUGACUCCCUCAUCCCCAACAGCGGUAGCCCUAGUGGAGGGGCGAUAGAAGGCCAUUCGGCUGAUGCCGAACAGUCUACACGUCCUUCUUGCAAUUCCCAUCCACAUGAUCCCAACUCGGAGUCAGUAUCUGAAAGACCGUUGGUACAAGAGCCUGAAUCAUUGCGAAAGAAGGAUAGAAACCUUGAAAUACGCCUUGGUUCCAUCAGCGCUAUGCAUGUUCUUUCAAGGAAAGAGCUCUCCUCCGUUCGAGCCGAGUACGUGAAGGCCUCCGACGUAAUUCGUUCCUUACAACGAGCCAUAGCAGAGGUAAAGCAAGGCACAGAGAGCCGAGUCGCCAAUGCAUUAGCCUAUCAAGAGAAAAGGAUUGACUUUCUAGAGCGUCUUCUUGAGGACACCCAGAAAAGUGCAUCCUUCGCUCGCAUGGAUAUCGAUAGCCGCUCGCCGACAGGAAGUCAAAUCAGCGAGCUCAUGAUGAAAAUGCACACAGAAAUCAGGAAGAUAAUGUGCUUAGCUUCUCAGGAUCGCACCCUUCAAGUGCCUCUUUUAAACGAGAACGACCAUCUCUCCUCUCUUCUACGCCGGAUCAUGGGACUGUCCCUGCAGCAGUCCGCUGGUAUAAAAUCGGUGCUGAGCAACUUAGACAACCUGGAGCUUGAGGCGGUUCUCUGUGCCUUGACAACAGCAGCAAUAUGUGAAUGGGUUUUUGAGGACGACGUUGAGUCAGAUACAACUACUCCCUCCUUGUUGUUAGACAUGUACCGUCACCAUGUCUCUUUAGUGAAUGGAGAAGUUGCAUUGCGCAGGCUGGAUCUGGCUGCUCAUCACUCAUUGUUUAACAGCCAAGACUAUCACAAAAUAAACAUUCCAACCUAUGCACAGGCCCUUGUUACGAGAUUGCGCAAUGCCCUUGUACCAUUGUUCGGAACACCCAACGAACCUUCAGAGACACAGUGCCUUGACACGUGGGGACUCGAGCACGACGAGGGGCAACUUGUAGAUGAAGGACUAGUUGAUGUUUUCAAAUUUGCAUUAGCCCUAAAGGCCAUGUUGCUGGCCAGCUCUCACCAGUUUUUGGUGGUUCUUUUCGCUCCGGGCUUGGAGUUCAGUGAUUAUUGCAUGCAGGCGGAGAGUAGAGAGGGAUUUCGUAUCACUGAAUUUCCCAGUGAUCCCGCAAAGGUACAACUUUGUGUCCUACCAGCCAUAUUCGCCUCCAGUGAAGAGCGCAGUGGACUUAUAGAAUACAAAGUGGAGGUGAGUACUUCUCCGGAUAGUAUGCAAGGUAAACAUUUCCGGCUAGUUCAAAAAGGGGUGGUUAUAAUUUAGCGUGUGCAAAAAUGCCUUCAGUACUUCACGCUCUUUUUAAUUGAAAACGUGCGCAUCGAUGUAAAAGCUUUAAAAAAUUACUAAUUUCAAAUCUCUGAAA